AUGUCUUGCGGAUCAUGCAACUGCUGCCCGAAGUGUGGCUGCAAGGCCAGCUGCUCAUGCGGCAAGAGGAUCGCUGAUGCUGCGUUCCUGAGCACCGCCGGAGACUUCAGCGGUGCGAACUUUGCCGCCCCGGUUGGAGUGGCAACCUGUGACAAGUGCGCCCAAACCGGGGUUUGCACCUGCGGGAAGAACCGCGUGGAGGGCGUGGACACUUGCGACAAGUGCGCUCAAACCGGGGUUUGCACUUGCGGCAAGAACCGCACCGUGGGUACCGAUACCUGCGACAAGUGCGCACAGACGGGCGUGUGCACUUGCGGCAAGAACUAA